AUGUUGGCCAUACGCGUGACAAAAGUGCACCUGCCGGCAGCAGUGCUUUGGAGGUGUUUUGCGAAAACGUUACUGCUUCUGUUGGUUACCGGAAGGAUAAACCUAACCACGGCCAGUUCCAUCAUCGGCGAUGAAAAUGGUCCGUUGAUAGAGGUUCAAACGGCGGUCGGAUUGGACGUGUCCUUGCCGUGCGAUUUGCUGCCAACCACCAUGACCAUGAUGACGGACAAGGUCUACCUGGUCAUCUGGUACAAGGAGGGCAACACGAAGCCAAUUUACUCCUUCGAUGCACGGGGCAAGAGCCUUCAGCAGGCCAUCCACUGGUCCGAUGAGGCGGUGCUCAAAUCCAAGGCGUACUUCUACUACGACACCAGCCCACCGGCCCUGCGGAUCAAGGGCGUCAAGCAGGAGGAUACCGGCCUGUACAGAUGCCGAGUGGAUUUCCACAAAUCGCCCACGAAAAACUGCCGGAUCAAGCUGGAUGUGCUCGUACCACCGACGAAGCUAACCAUCCUCGACGAUCUGGGGGCGGCCGUACUGAACAACGUGGUCGGCCCGUACCGGGAGAAUGCGGACACUAAUCUGACCUGCAUCUCGAGCGGUGGCCAACCGACACCGAAGGUAACCUGGUGGCGGGAGCAUGCUCUGUUGGACGAUUCGUACCUCGUGCUGCCGGACGGUACGGUAAAGAAUGUCCUCUAUCUGGAGAAGCUGUCACGCCACGAUCUACACUCGAUUUAUACGUGCCAAGCAAGCAACGGUCACGUCGUGCCACCACUUUCCAGUGCCGUCAAGUUGGACAUGAAGCUGCCACCCCUGUACGUGCGGAUGCAGGGCCUACGGGAAACGUUAACGGCCGGCGUCAAGACGCAAGUAUCCUGCAUCACGGCCGGCAGCCGACCGGCACCGAGCGUUGUCUGGACGAAAGGAUCAUCCGUCAUCCGUGGCUCAUCGCAAACGACGUCCAACGACGGAAAUGUCACCGUAUCGGAGCUGGUGUUCGUGCCCGGUCCGGAGGAUAAUGAAAAAUCAAUUACAUGCUCAAUUAGCUACAGCGAGGGCGACGGGCCAACGGUGCUGCUGAAGGAUACCCACGUCCUGAACGUCAAGCACGUUCCGGUGAUAUCGCUUGCGCUCGGUGCGCCACUAAACUCCCAGAACCUGAUGGAGGGUUCGGACGUGUAUCUCGAGUGCGACAUCAAGGCAAACCCACCGGUGAAGAAAAUCGAAUGGUUUCACAACAACAAGCUUCUCCAGUCCGCCCGUGGGAUCAUCGUUUCCAACCAGACGCUCGUCCUGCAGAGCAUCACCAAGUCCACCCAUGGCGAGUACAUGUGCCGUGCCUCGAACAGCGAAGGCACCGUCAACAGUAAUCAGCUCUAUUUGGAUAUCAAAUAUCCACCGGUGUGCAAAUCGGAAGCGCAAAUAAUCCGUGCCGCGGUAAAGCAAACGGUGAACAUAACCUGCGAUAUUGACGCCAACCCGAUGCCAAAUCUGUUGUUCCGAUGGCAGUUUAACAACUCGCUCGAAAGCAUGCUCGAACUGCCGCCGUACACGAACGUGGAGUCGGAAGCGGCUAACCUGGCGCUGGCCGAGAUUGACCUCGAGACGAAUCACAUGGGCCCGAGCCUGGAGGAGAUGGUGCGCAAGAAGCUGGAGCGGCUAGAACACUCCGUCCGGCAGCAGCAGCAGCAGCAGCAGCAGCAACACCAUCAUCACCUGCUGCACUUGGGUUCGCAUAAAGAGGAGGUACCGUUGGUCGAUGGCCAGCUGUACAUGUAUCGGGUGGAUACGUUCAACAGCUUCGGCACAAUCACCUGCACGGCGACAAAUUCCUACGGUCAGAGUGGUCACUGCGCUUAUCACAUACUCGUUGCCGAUGUUCCCGAUCCCAUCAAGAGCUGCACCGUAUCGAAUGUGACCGCGUACACGGUACACAUAUCGUGUGUGGCCGGCAAGGAUGGCGGAAUACCGCAGCAGUUUCACAUCGACGUGUUUGAGGAGUCGAAGCGAAAGCUGCUGCAAAGCGUCAGCUACCAGAGCCCCGAGAUGCUGCUGAAGAAGCUGCCAAGUGACACGAAGUUCAUCAUCAAGAUUACGCCCUAUAACCUGCAAGGUACGGCACCGACAAGCUACCGGGUGAAGGCACAAACACUGCCGGCGCCGCUGCUGAGAACAGCUCCAUCGAAGGCAGUGCUCGUGCAGCUAACGCCACUACUGGGGGCUCUCGUUGGGGCAGCCGUGACACUCUGCCUGGUCGCCAUGUGCAUCAUCGUUUUCGUAAAGUUCAAAACGAAGAAGAAACAUCACCAAACGGCAAAUACCGAGCAGGAUAAGGGUAGUGCCGAACCGCUCAGCCGCAACAUCGGUAGUCACUCGAGCAUCGACGACAAGAACCCGGACGUGAUACCGCACGAAAACAGCGAGGAUGACGACGAGAAGCAGUUCGAGCGGUUAGCACUCAACGCGGACGGGCUCAAGUUUGCGGGCCACACGACCACCGCCCCGACCGGGGCGUACUCACCCACCCAUCAUCACUUGAUGUCACCCAGUGGGAACGGCUUUAAGAAGUUUGGCGAACUAUCGCUCACCACCAAUCCGGGCUACGCGAUAUACAGCUCGCCGAUACGUAGCUACGGCAAACCGAGUCCCGGCCAGCAGCUUGGCUCGUUGCUGCUUUCCACCACGACCGGUCCGCUGGGCACGACCACCACAACCACGAGUGCCCCGACGGGGACCAGCCUGCUACUAGCGUCCGGUGCACCGGGAGCAGUCACCACGCUACCGACGCGCACAUCGCCCAACAUCUACACAAGACUGCCGCUGCGAGACUUUACGCCGAACAGCUACGACAGCAUGCUCAGCACCUCGCAGACCACCUCCUGUUCGUCGUCGUCGAACGGUGGGUACGCGACGUCACAGAUCUACACCGCCAAGAUGCCACUGCUGACGACCAACUAUACCGCGCUGGACAGUACGGGGCCCGGGCUUGGGCUCGGUGCCGACAAGUGUUGAUAGUGUUGUGCCAGGUGUAAGGUAAGCCAGGGCACGAUGUAGUUAGGACGAUGUUAAGCGAAUGUUUUACCGAACCAUCCAAAUGGGAAAUCUUAUUCGGGACGUGACGUGGGCGGUGUACACUUACACCAAUUCGCGCGUGUUUGUCGGUGCUAACACUAACCCGAUUUUGCUUGAUCGGUUAUGCUACAACUCCUGUGUUUGUGGUUAAGUUUGCUAAAGCAGCGCUUCCUUCACAUGCGGAACGAAAUCGAAGCAGGAGAUCUGCAGCAAUGUAUCUCAGCAAGAUGCAAAUUAUCACAACAAAGAUGUGCCAUUUACGGAAGCAACAGAGAGAGAGAAACUCGGGGUGAAAGAAAGGAAGCAAAUCAAAUUCGCUGGAAAACAGGGCAAACUCGAGAAUGAAUGCAAAGAACCAGCGCAACUACAAACAACGCUCAAUUAUUUGACGCUUUUCCACUAUUCCAACAGCUCCAGCGUGCGGCACUAGAUUACCAGUGGCUAGUUUUAAGUCGCGUUUACUUUACUAAGCUAACAGCAAAACUGACACGUGUUUCCUGAACACGAAUUCAAGCACAAUGCAAGGACCGAUUGUAAUCCGAUUACUUAUUUCUACUUUGCAUCACUUUGCUUGGAAAAUUAUGAAACUUUAUGCAUUUUAACAGUAUCAUGGUAAAGCCAAUGUUGCUUUUACGCUCUCUUAUGUAUGCUUCCUUUGUUUGCUUACCGAGAGCAACAAUAAACCUGUCAGUCAACGUAUUAUGCAAUGAUGUACUGAGCCCUGUUCUACACCUGUUCACUAGUGAACAGCCAUCACCAUUAAAGGUGCUCUCACCAAUCAAGUAUACACGUGUUUCCCACGCACGAUCUGGUUUAUCAUCACUCGAUUGUUAAAUUUACUGACAACACUCGUUCGUUCGUGAUUUUACAGUUACACCUGAAGCGACUGUUCCGUCACCGAGAGCAGCACAGUGUUGCACCGUCAGCAAUGAAUUCCAUGCCACAUAAUGGUCCACUCCGGGACGCGCACUAUUUCUGCACGUGAGAAGUAAUACUGGUUGCAUUAUUUAUACCGCAUCGAUUACCAUCGUUUAUCGCUUCCCUUCAAUUCCCCCCCCCCUCGCCCCCCUUUUCCACCUUCUGGAUGCCACCGUCAAUCAGGUCCAUUAGUGGGGAACGUACAACCAUAAUUGGAAAACUGUUGAAGCACGUUUGCUGUUUGUCUGUUAUAAACUGCGGAGGUUCACGUGAGGCCGCGAAUGAAAAAUCAUGAAGUAUUAUUUAGUUAAAUUUUAAACCCCUUCCCGUUCAGAGUUUAUUUACCGGUGGAUAGUAGUGUAAAAAAAUAGAACAGUUGCAGAGCAAAACGGUGCGAAACGGUUUGUGACAUAGCUGUAGUUAAAAUAGCAAAAAACAAAAAAAAAACAAAUGCGAAUGACAAAAGCGAAAAGAUGCGCAUGGGGACAAUAAAGCACAGGGCCCGCGUGAGAUAUAUAACGAUAGUGUGUAAGUAUGUAAGUGAAUGCAUGUAUAUAGCACACUGUACAUAUCUGGCAAUAGUAUAAAGAAGAAAUUCGAAGCAAAGCAGUAAAAGGAAACAAACAACAAAACCAUCGAACAGCAUCAAAGCGAAGUAAAAGCCAACAGCAAAAAAAAACAUACAAGUGACCAACGUCGAUGCGAACAGGACAAGGGAAACAAAAAAUAGCUAAUGAUAAGAAAAGAGAUAGGUUAUGGAAAUUAUUUUUCAAUUACUAAACAACGUGAUACAGCAGCCGAAACACUAGCAAAACAUGAGUGAGUGCGUGAACGGAAACGGGAAAAAAAGGAAAAGAAAACAGAAACAUACACAAAUUGUAUCAAAACGAUCAAUACAAUAUGAAUAAACUGAGUAUCUUACAUUCGAGUGCGGUACAAAUGAGGUAAAGCACGACUAUAUCAUAAAAUUGACUUAAAAGAAAAGUACGCAGUGAAACCGAGGAUAACAUCGAGAGAAGAACACAGAAUUUACCGUGCAGGUGAGAGUGGAUGAAUUCAAAAAGGAAACUAUUUCGUCAUUCAACGUAUUGAUGUUUAUUGAAUGUUGACACAAAGCUAAAGGUACACAAUAACAACAAGAAAAAAGGAAAAAGCAAACGGAAAACACACACACACACACAAACAAGAGAUGCCAACAAUUGUUGUCCAACACACAGAAAGGUAUCGAAGAGAACAUUUAAUUUGCGCAGGCAAGAACGAAAGCAAAAAGUGACAACAACCAAACAAAAAAAAAACAACAAACCAUUGUGCAGGGAUGAAAGAAUUCGUUAUGGAAAGUUCGUUUCCCUUUCUUUUUGUA